GCUCUGACUAAGCCAUCAUCCACUCCAGCCCAACACGAAAGCUCCAGUCUGGACAACAGCUGUGAGCUGCCCACACUCACCUUUCAACUCAAUCGAAGAUGUCGUACGCCGUGGAAACGAAGAAGCGCAAAUUCCAACGAGUCCUCGAUUCGUUGACCAAACCGUCCAGCGCCGAAUCCUCCAAACCACCGACGACGGCGCGCGAACAGCUCCACGGGGAAUCAUCAGCGGCAAAGAAGAUCCGAUUAAGUGACCGCGACGAUAGCAGUCUCGCGUCCGCCAGGAGGUCGAUUCUAAAGGUCGGUCGUCCGAGUUCGCGCGACUCCUCCGCAUCCUCGACCCGUCCCAGUUUUGUCCCGUGGGAUCGCGAGCGCUUCCUCGAACGGUUGGAGACCUUUCGCCGGGUGGAUCGCUGGUCGCCGAAGCCGUCGGCGAUUAGUGAGGUCGAGUGGGCGAAACGGGGCUGGAUCUGUACGGAUAAGUCGCGGGUAACGUGUGUGGGGGGAUGUGGCGGUUCCGUUGUCGUCAAACUGCCGGACGAGCUGGAUGAGCUGGACGGGUAUGAUUACGAUAAGGUGGAGGAGCGGAGGCAAGUCCGUGACAAAUUGGUGGAUGAAUAUGCGAAUCGUCUAGUUCAAGGGCAUGGGGAAAGUUGCCCGUGGAGGAAUAAGGGCUGCGAUGCGACUAUACAUCGUCUAGCAUUAUCCAAUGCUGAUGUCGCGAUUUCAGCCCUUCAAACACGAUAUUCGAACCUGGUCAAGAUCGCCGAUUCUCUACCGGCCGAGACCAUCAUCCAAACCCCGGAGUCAUUCAAUAUUGAAGAAAUCAUAUCGACCUUGCCCCCAAAGUUCGACGGGUCCGAAGCACCCGUGGAGACGACCGAACCGCAAACCCCCCAGCCUACGGAAGAAGCACAUGAAAAUCUCCCGACACCACCGGUCGUCAAUCAAACCGCAUUUGUAUUGGCGUUCUUCGGCUGGGACACCACCGCAGAAAAGGCUUCCGGGCUAGCCUCAUGUAGCGCAUGUUUCCGACGGCUAGGGCUAUGGAUGUACAAACCGAAGGAAAACGGGGACCCUGGUAUCUACGACUCGUUGGAGGUGGCCACCGAACACAUGGAGUAUUGCCCGUGGAUCAAUGGGAAAGCGCAGAGCGGCACUGGCCGGGCAUCUGACAAGCAAGCUGAACUACCGAGUGGGUGGGAGGUCUUGGCCCAGGCACUCCGCGUCAAGCAUCGUCGGCGGAUGCGUGCAUCCACCUCCGCGGGCAGUCGUGCGGUGUCGGAGUCACCUUCAUUAGACUGUUCGUUCUUCGACGAGUCGAACGAUGACAUUAAAAAGGCGAGUGACCGCGAAUGGUGGUCGAAGAUUCUGCGGAUGCGACAGAUGCUCAACGUGAAGACCCCGAAGAAAAGAAGCGCAGCCAGUCCGUGAUUCUUGUUGGCGGGAAGCGGCCCUUUACUACAUUAUCAAACUGAUGGAAGCGUGCUUGGUCUUCAAAGCGUGGCGUUCUGGCACUGGUUUAUCUACUUCAUUGACUGUACCUUAUUUGCGAUACCUUGCAUUUGCGCCUGGUUUUAAUAUAUGCCGCGCAGCAUCGAAACGAAAUGACAAC